CGUAGCUGACUCGCGACUCGAGCGAGGCACGCGAACUCCAAGCAGAUUGCGUUCAUUUGAAUAACGACUGGUUGUAUUGUCACAGUACCAGCUGAAAUCUUUCGCUCGAGACAACGUGUCAAACAGAAAGAAAAACGAAGAAUGGAGUGAAAAAGACUCACGGUUCAAGUUCGUUUAGAAUUGAGUGUCGGUUCACGAGGACGAACGAUGGAAAAUCACUGCUCGUUAUAAAUUAACAACGGCCCUUAAAUGAAAAGUUGCGUGACUGCCAUCUGACAAAUUUGACUAUGAUUGAAGCCGAUGAAACCGAUGAAACUUCGCGUCUUGUUGUAAACGCUGCACCAGGGGAUACUCAUCGAAUGGCGGCCGGAAAUAUUAAAGUCUACAGAAGGAGAUGGUACAUUUUGUUCAUCUUUACGCUACUAAACACGACGGGGAAUAUUUUAUGGAAUACGUGGCCUCCUAUUCAAGAAACUUGCCAGCUUGUAUUUGGUUGGGAUAAGAAGAAUGUUUUGAUAAUCGGCGCCUUGCAAGCGAUUGGUUCUAUCAUUAGUAUAGUCCCCUCUGCUUGGCUAUUAGACACAAAAGGUGAGUAGAAACUAGUUUAGUGCCUUUCUUUUAUAUUCUAGAACAGAGCUAAAGAACAGCCUAUUGAAAACUCUAUUUCAGCUCUGGAAGCUUGCCUGAGCGCUUCUUAUCUCAGGAAGUGGAGUAUCGUAGAGUCAUCAUACAACAUUCGAUGAAGUAUCAUGAUAGAAACUCCUAUUGGAAUGAAAAUUCCGUCGAUCACGUACAGUGCAAUAGGUCGUCGGUAUACAAACGAUAUUCGUGGGUUUCAUAUACGGACAAUUGUCUAGAAGUUAGUAAUAUUAUAUGGCAUCAAAAUUACAGUAAAUCCGUAGAUGCCACAGCCCUCCAUUGGUGACCUAAGCGAACGUUUCCCUGGCUUUUACAGGCGAUUAGCGAUAGCCCUUACCGCCCCUUUUUCAUUUGUCCUUUUACGCCGUGGCGUAAAUUUUCAGCUCUCUGCCUUGUGUCUACAAUAAACAUGUUUUAAGACAACCUUUGAACGACUAGCUUGCGAUCGGAAAAUGGCCGUCAUGUUGACCCUAAAUAGAUCCAAAUAAUCAGAAUAAUUUUGAAGAUAUUUCUAUUUCUAUAGUUUUCCAUUUGGUACGUUCAAAAUGCACAUCGCAUGUCUCGAAUCAGCGCUAACCCUGUCUCGUAUUUGAUCAGCAAGACCGCUUGUAUAAACAGGUUUAAAACAAUCUUUUCAAUGAUCAUGUCGUUUUACACUGAACAAAACACUUCCGUCUGAUUUGCAUAUCAUGUGAAGUUCGAUCAAGAGCGACAUUGCACUCUUAAUGCGCCUUAGAACAACGGUGGCUUAUUUAGGACAUGUUUCAUAAAAGCAUUUUCGGCUGGUCUUAUUUGAUUUUAUUCCAAAGCUCGUAAAAAAGCAUAGCGCUUUUCGCCGUGCCGUUAUGGCCGGUAACCGGUCAAGGUUUUCAAAACACUAAAUGACCGGUAGUCUUCUAUUCUCAGUAAAUCUCACAAAAUCGAAAAAUCCCAACUAAUCUAAAUUAUCAUAUGUCGAUUAAGAAAAGUCAAGCAAAAUGUACUGAGAAUAUAGGACUGUCGGUCAUUUAGUGUUUUAGCCUGCGAGCAAGAACGCGCGAGCGAGGGGUCGAGGAAAGCCCCUCGCUCGCGCGCUCUCGCGAAACCACAGGGAGCCCAGAAUCACAACAGCAUACUGCUGUUGUGAUUCUGGGCUCCCUGUGGCGAAACUCGCUUUGCUCGCCCAAAGAGGAGAGCUUGCUCGCAGGCUAUUAGUGUUUUGAAAACUUUGACCGGCAGUCGAGCUGAAAAAAGUUCUAACUGUCACAAAACAUGGUUUCGUUUUCUGAGCCCAGCGUAAACCCGCUAGACUGACUUUUCUUAAUCGACAUAUGAUAAUUUAGAUAAGCUGGGAUUUUUCGAUUUUGUGAAAUUUAAUGAGAAUAUGGGACUUCCGGUCAUUUAGUGUUUUGAAAACCUUUACCGGUUACCGGCCAUAUAGAGGCAUAAGUUCGAUUUCCGCCUACUGAAGGUUUAUUUUCCCAGACACUGGCUGGUAGUAAAUCGAGCCUAAGGCCCGGGACUAAAGAAAGCAUAGGAUGAGAGAAAUGAUGAGAGAGAGACAAAAAGCUCCCUCGUUCGAGAGGACGACUGCUGGGCCUUGAGCUAAGGUGGCAAAGAUAGGUAGUAAAUUAAAUAAGGGCUUUGAGCAAAUCGUAAGGCCCGAUUUCUGUCGCUUUAGCGAGUCCGAGCCUAGUAUAGAAUGCUUCCCGGAUUAAUGUCAUCCAAUCAAAGGUUAAAACAGACGACGCAGUUGAGCAACAAGCAGUAACCAAAGGUUAGGAAGUGCGGGCAAACAUGUACGUUUACCUUAAAGGUGCGAUUGAUGCUGAAAAUCGCUUUCAUAAAUGUGUACGUGAAUUAGAGAAAGCCCCUUUAGUUCUACUGUCAACAAAUGGAAUCUCGGCGGAACAUGAAUGUGGAAACUGAAUUGAACAACACAUAUUGAAGACUCAUAUUGAAUUCAACGAUUUCAUUUACAGUGGCUCGGAUACAGUUAGCAUGCGAACGGAUGAGAAGCGAGAAUAGACGGCUGCAUUCGCCGGCAAAGGAAAAUGAAAACAGGAAUGCGUGACAUAAACAACGCUUAACGUGACGUCUUAUUAGGGACGGACCAUUAGAAAACUUAUGGGGGGGGGGGCGAAGUAAAAAAAAAAAAUUCGCGCAAGGAAAAAUUAAAUGAAAAAAAAUUCUUGCACGCCAGUGAACCCUAAAAAAUAUUCAUGCUAUGGCCUAAAAAAAAUUCAUACAAGGAAUUUGAUAACGAAAAAAAAUUCCUGCAGCUCGAAAAUUCCCCUCCCCCCCCAUAACUUUUCUAAUCGUCGGUCCCUUAUUCAAUCGGAUAUUCAAUUCGUGUUCAAUGAACAAUGACCAAAGGUCGUUAAAAUGUAAUAGAAAAUCAUGAAAAAACUUAUUGGAGCUUUCAGAUGACAAGCGACGUAACAUGCUUGGGAACGUAUACAAAUGCUUUGUAGUGUAACCUGAAUUAGCUUAUUUUUUGACUUGUAGACUUUGCAAUUACCAGUAUCUUACCGAAGACUCGUCCCGCACUAAGCUGAAAUCAGGCUCUAUUUUCAUUUCCCUUGGCUGGCAAGGUGAAUCGAAAAGUCUCGCAUUUAGUGCAUUACGUCUAUACUUGAAUUUAAUACGUGCAUUUUGCAUCACUUGCAUUUGCGUUCACGUGAUUACCGUAACAUCGGAUGGUCCUUAAACUCAACAUCAUGGCCUUCACGACCACAUACCGUUCAUAUUAGUACGCUGAACACGGGCAUCCCAAGAAUGUGGACAAAUUUUUGGGAAACCUAGCUGUACAGUUAAGAAAGUGCCGCUGACCUAUAAUAGUUUGCGGGCUCCUCUUGUCGCCCGCAAUUACCAUCCAGCGCACUUGCAUUUAAUACGACACCCGUUUAAUACGACACAAAGUGAAAACAAGCAAUCCAUUCUACUCAAAGAAGUUCCCUACACCGAGUCAGUAUCCAAAGCCCGAGGGAUAUUCACCAAAGUUUUUGUGGGGAUACUCCUCUCAGAAUUCCAAACCCUUAUCAACGGCACCAUGUCCAAAUUGACCAAGAGAGCCUAGGAAAACAAAUACCUGAUUGACUGAAAGAACCAAAGGGACAUCUACCAGGCAUGCGUUCUUAGCACGUUGCUCUACUGACGGCAAUGAAACUUGGUGCACCUACAUGAGACAGGACCAUCGCUUGAACUCUUUCUAUCUGCAAUGCCUCAAGCGCAUCCUUGGCGUCAAGUGGCAAGACCAGCCUCCUCCUCAGCCGCUUCGUUUUUCGCAUGGCAGAGGCGAGCGCGAAACGAGUGACUGGUGAUGAACCGCAAGGGACCAUGGGAAGGGUACAGACGGUUGUCUCCUUCCCGCCUUCCUUUGCGCGCACAUCGAGAGAGACGUCUGGGUACGAGGCAGUGGCAAGACCACGUCACCAAGAGUGAGAUACAGUCACGUGCUGGAACCCCAGCAUGUACUUCCUACUCAGUCAGCGCCGCCUGAGAUGGUUGGGGCAUGGUCAUAACAUGGAUGAUGGACGCAUCUCCAAAGAAGUUCUAUAAGGUCAAUUGAAGAGAGUCAGGAAAUUCGGGUGCCCCGCUCUGCGGUUCAAAAACGCACGCAAACAUGACCUUAAAGCAUGCAAAAUUGAUCCAAAACAACUGGGAAAAUGCUGCGUGUGAUCGUGCCUCCUGGAGAACGUCAGUGAAAGAAGGAAUCGAAAAAGCCGACGUGAAACGUCACCGGAAAGCUGACGAGAAACGCGAUCGCCGCUAAAACAGCCCCACUCUGCCCUCCUUCAGCUUCAUCUGCGUCGUGUGCGGUAGGGACUGCUACUCGCCUAUUGGGGACGUUGCAGCACCACCACGGAUUGCUAAGGGCGCACAAGCUUUACUUUUCGAGACUUGCUCCUCCUUUUAUAUGGCCACUUGUUACUAAUAGUUACUCCCUUCGUUUGUCGUUAACGACGAUGACGAUAAUGAUAAUGACUAAUGGUGACGAACGAUCAAAAAUUGGAAAAAAUAACAAACACAAGCGAACAAAUACAAAAUAUUAAGAGGUUGAUUUCACUAAAAGUACAAGUAGCAAUUUUAAUAACAGCAAAAUACCAGCAAUGACGUACAGAAAAUGCGCGUGGAUAAAGUUCGGGUUGCCUAUUAGAUUGUCAGUUCACUGGCACGAAAGCAAUCUCGUGUACUAUUCUUGUAAUCUUACUCUUAAAUUUUAGCAAUUUCAGUGUAAAAUAUUUUGGGCUCUUGUUAUUUUGCAGGUCUUCGAUUUGCAGUCAUAUGUUCAAUAUCUCUUCAAACGUUUGCUGUUGCCUUGGAACUUAUCCCAUCCCCUCCCCAUGUGAGGACAGGACUCAUCACCUUCAGCGAGUUCCUUAUUUCCGUCGCGGUUCCCGCCGUUCAAAACGCGGGAGUUCUCGUGCUCUCAGCGACAUGGUUCCCGCCACACGAGCGAAUGACCGCCACGGCUAUCGCCACAUUGGCUUCCUAUCUCGGCUCAGCGUUUAGCUAUAUCGUUGGUCCAAACCUCGUUCCUGACGUAGACUAUGAUAAUUUAACACAUUAUCACCCGGGAGAAAGCAUUGACAUCGAUACGUUAAGAAAUAACACCACACCGGAGCAAAUGAAAUUUCUGCUGACCAGGAUUAAUGACUAUUUACUCGUCGAAGCUGUCUUAGUGGGUGUCCUGUUCUUUGCGGUGAUUAUAUACUUUCCCGCCAAACCACCCGUCCCACCAAGCCUGUCAUCCGCGGCUGGGCGUUUGGAUUUUGUUUCCGGCGCCAAAACUCUUCUCAAAAACCGGUCUUUCUGGUUAUUGCUACUUAUCUUCAGUAUAAGCAACGGGGUGAACUGGGGCUGGUCUAGUGUCCAAAACCUCAUCUUCUCCGGCGUUGGAAUUGAUCAAAAAACCGCUGGCUGGUUGGGAUUUGGGGCCAACGUUGCGUCACUUCUGGGCAUUUCCUUUUCAUGGUAAGUAUGUCUUUCUUAAUUAGUAUGAACCCAGCACCUGAGCAGUCUCCAAAUGAGCAAUAAGUAGGAUUUUCAAUUUCCUUAUCCAUAUGUACCAGGAGCCUGAUAUGUGCACCUUUUAACCAGUUGCUUAACAGUCCCAAACCCCUUACUGAUGGGGUGUUAUUAAAUUACGGCCCUGAGGCAGGAUUGAGAGGUUGUCCCUAUGUUAAGAUCUCCUCUUACAAUUUCACUCACCCAAGACCAGGGACAACACUCUAGGGGUAGUCUUUGCGGGUUUUUUUACGUCCCUGGGGUUCUAUUACGCCCCACAAAGUCAGAUUAAGAAAACCCCCGGAGGUUAAUUCGUCUGGAAAUCGAACGUGGGCCCACUAUUCUUAGGUCUGGUACCCAAGCUUGCAAGUCGGUGUGAGUGAAGAGAGAAUUAUGUACUGUUUACUGAGCGCGAAAGGUUUUAAAAAUACGAGAUGCGGUUAUAUGCCUGGAAAGAGCGAGAGAGAGAGAGAGUCGUGUAUGAGAGGCCAUCAGACGUACCCUCUUACAAUCAUUUUAACAUGUGAACAGUAAGCUCAGACGUCAGCAUACAAAGGCGCCACUGGCAGCCGCUCUCAGUUCAUUUAAGAGCCUACUGUAUCCACCCAGCCCAUGAUGUCCCGCGGUAGGUCGAAAGUGGAAGUCUCCAAAGAAAACGGCAGGCGACAGGCAAGAAGAGGACAAAAGGAAGGGACGCUUCCAUGACCUUCUUGCUUUGAAAAGAAAAGACAAGGCCAUAAUUACUAGUUGUUGUAAGACUGAUGUCUGCGGUAGUAUCCAAAACAAUUUAUUAUGAUUGUGAAAGGUUUGAACCCAGGAGAGUCAUUUCAUAAGUAGGUGGGAUAUUAACGUUCGGUGAGUGUAGUCCUACGCUCACCUGGACGAUUUUAUUCCACCUACUUAUCAAAUAUGAUUGUUUGCCCUUCCUUCCCCCCCACACAGAAGACUAUGUGUAAGUAAUUAUCAGGAUUUAUAAUCUAAUUCAUAUCUUGUUUUGCCCUUUUCUCACAGGUAUGCCGAUCGCAUUCAGAGCUUUACCAAACCAAUCCUAUUAUUUCUUUUCGUUUCUACGGCGUGUGCUCAAACAGUCCUCUCACUAGCUUGUGAGGAAAUCAUACCUCUGACAAAAACCGUCUUCUACGCCUCGGGUAUCGCCCAAGUUGUCCUGUUCUGCGGUACUGUACCUCUUAUUAUGGAACUCGCAGCUGAAUGCACAUAUCCUGUUGCAGAGGGGAUCACUUCCGGCGUGAUGGUCUUAUCUGUGUACGCCAUCAACUUUGUGUUCUUCGUUGCGUUCAUGUUUCCGCAAGCCAGCCCGCGCUGGAUGAACUGGUUACUAGUCUCCUCGACCGUGGUCUGUACUCCCCUUAUAGCUCUUUACACGGCUAGGUACAAGAGACUGGAUGUGGACGAAUCAAAACAGAGUUGAGCAAUGACAACGUACAAUAGUGUUGUGCGAGCUGAAGAUCAGUGAUGCUUCCCAAGAAAAUUCUCUAGUUAUCUACCAUUACAGUUUGUAAGAAAAGUAAACCAAAUAAUCCUACAGCAUUCGAUUGUGAACAAGAAGGAUUUUUAUCGAUAGAUUCAACUACCUUGCGCAUUUAAAAAACGGUACCACCAGAAAGUAGUUAAUAGAAAAUUACCGUUCCAUAGCGUUUAUUUCAGUAGCCAAGCCUGAAGAUUUCAGCAACAGACUAAUAAACAGCACUACUU